AUGUCCAACAUUGCUCUCCAUCGUGCUACGUCCGACUACACAUCUUCAAGUGACAGUAGCCGACUCGUGAGCCCGCCCAGCGUAGCUAGCGGUGCUAGCGGCAGUACCUUCUCAGACAGUCUGGCUGUUCUGCCACCGCAUUCGGGUGGGCUUUAUGGAGACCCUCUAGUUCAGCCCUACGAUCGCCAACAGGUCAUACCAGUCGGGGACGGUAAUCAUGGCAAGUUUUCUUACGUGGCUUCUUCAAAUCAUCUUUUUUCUCCGCUCUAUGGACGGUGGACUCGUUUGGAGGGAGAAUGUGAGCGCCAACAGCAUUUCGACGAAUUCUCGACCAGCAACCCCAGCGCUGAGAACACCCAAUCACCUAAUCCUAAUCCCUCGGUCCCUCCUCAUCCCGCAAACGUGCCGUUGACGCCCUCGUUGAAGAAUUGGUGCUCUGUGUUCUAUUACGAGUUAAACAACCGUGUUGGUGACGUUUUUCAUGCCUCAAAACCCAAGUUUACUGUAGACGGGUUUACGGCGCCAUCUUUAGGGACAGAAAGGUUCAGUCUAGGUGGGCUCAGUCACGUAAAUCGUCCACCUCAAGUUGACAUGACGCGUCGCCACAUCGGUCGCGGCCUUAACCUGCUAUAUAUAUCUGGAGAGGUGUUCGUUGAGUGUCUGAGUGAUGCAGCCAUUUUCGUUCAGUCGCCGAGUUGCAACCGCCUUAACAACUGGCAUCCUGCCACGGUAGUCAAGGUCCCUCCACGUUGCAAUCUUCGUGUUUUCGAUAACCGCGAAUUUGCGGAUUUGCUGUCGCAGUCAGUUACCAGGAAUUAUGAAACCGUGUUCUCCCUCACUCACAUGUGUUUCAUCCGAAUCAGCUUUGUGAAAGGAUGGGGCGCUGACUAUCGGUAUGUCACAACUUUUGCCUUUCGUUCCAGGGAUUAA